AUGGCAUCUCAACUAGAAUUAACUAAGCGUUCAUCAAGAGAUACACCUGUUGAAGUUCCUUCCAAAAGAAGCCGGUUUUCUGACAAUUUUUCCAGUAUCUCUACCCAUGAAGACAGCAGAAUACUGGAACAUUUAAAUGACCCUUUAUUUUGGGGGCCAUAUCUUUCUGAACGGCAGUGGGGAACAGUUCGGGAGGAUUAUUCUAUGAGCGGCUCCUGCUGGGACUAUCUCACUUACCUGGAAGCGACCAAGCAAGCAUACCACUGGGGUGAAGAUGGUCUUCUGGGUGUCUCUGAUAAAUUUGGAAUUUUGUGUGCGUCCCUGGCUCUGUGGAAUAAAAAAGAUCCCAUUCUCAAGGAGAGACUGUUUGGUCUAACAGGCACCGAGGGGAACCAUGGAGAAGAUGUGAAAGAGCUGUACUAUUACCUUGACAACACACCAAAACAUACGUAUAUGAAGGCCCUGUAUAGAUACCCUCAAGAAGAAUUUCCAUACGAAGCACUGGUUAAUCAUGGACGUACCCCUGCCGAACCUGAACUAGAGAUAAUGGACACUGGGGUGUUUGAUCAUCACAAUUACUGGGAUGUCACUGUUGAAUAUGCAAAACCUGUCAGCCGUACCAUGAUGUGCCGCAUCACUGUGUUCAACCACUCGUCACGUCACGCCACAUUGGAUGUUUUGCCUCAGUUCUUUUUCAGAAACACCUGGAGUAAGUUAGGUCCUGGACGAACUGAGCAUAUCCCACUGUUUCAGAAGUCUGAUAUUGAUGCUAUUGAUGCCAUUUGUGAUUUGGGAAUGUUUCGGAUAAAGUUCCAUCACUCUGCCAAUGUCACCUUGAACUCCCUGCUGUUCACCAACAACGACUCGGUGCGGGAAGAAGUUGACGUGGAAGAGGAGGGCGGUGACACGACCAAAAUGGGCGGCAACAGCCGAAAAAACACUUUAAUUUUAGAACCCUGCAAGAAGGAUGGCUUCCAUCAGUUGAUUGUUAGUGGUAUCUCAGACGCUGUUAACGAGACCCCUGUAGGCACCAAAUGCUGUGCAUGGAUGACUGUUGAACUGGCAGGCAACACAAAAACCACCAUGUAUUGGCAGAUCUCCCCAGCACAUGAUUCUUGUGAGCCAACCACUGAUAAGAUAGAUGCUGUCUUCACUGCCCAGAUAGCUAAAGCUAACGACUUCUACCUGAAGAAUAUCCCCAGAACUUGCAGCAAGGAGGAAGUUAACAUCUGCAGGCAGGCGCUGGCAGGCUUGCUAUGGUCAAAGCAACUGUACAUUUACAACAUGGAGCUGAAAAACAAAGAAUUGAUGAAACUUUAUGAUGAGACUUACUUCAAAACUGUUGGAAAGAAGAAACUGGGCUGGAACCACCUGAGUUGCCAUGACAUCCUCAUCAUGCCAGAUAAAUGGGAGUUUCCAUGGUUUGCAGCCUGGGACCUGGCAUUUCACAGCGUGCAGUAUGCCAGGAUUGAUAUGCCGCUGGCCAAGGAGCAGAUCUUGUUGUUAAUGUCUGACAGAUACAUGCACCCUAAUGGUCAGAUUCCUGGAUGUGAGUUUGACCUUGGAGACCCCAACCCUCCCAUCAUAUGCUGGGCAGUGUGGAAGAUCUACAAACAGGAAGGAAUCCGAGACUUGGCCUUUCUGAAAACUUGCUUUAACCGCCUGAUCUUUUGUUUCCAGUGGUGGCACAAAAAGGACCCCAAGUCUCUGUACAUCUACGGGAAUGGUUUCAUGGGACUUGACAAUAUCAGUGUGUUUGAUCGGUCCAAUUUGCCUCCAGGGGUCACUUCCUUGAAACAGGCUGACUGCACUGGCUGGAUGGGAUUGUUUGCUCUCAACAUGCUUCAGAUUGCCAUUGAGCUUUGUCAGUUUGACAGCAGUUACACAGACAUGGCUGUGAAGUUUCUCAAGCAUUUCCUCAACAUUGCUAAAGCCAUUAACCGCCCAGUCACUGAAGGAGGUUUGUGGGAUGAACAAGACAAGUUUUUCUACGACGUCAUCCACUACCAUGGACCAUAUGUGACCCCCAUCCGACUGCGGUCUUGGACUGGCAUCAUCCCUCUGUUUGGUUGCUGUUCCAUCGACUUGAAGCACUCUCCGCUGGUCAAGGCUUUCCUGCUGAAGUGUGACCGAGGAUACUCUCCCUUUGUGUGUAAGCUGGGGGACAGUGAAUUCUUCCUGACUCUAGUCUCCUACACAAAGUUGAAAUUAAUUCUGAAGACGGUGUUCUCAGAGGAGGAAUUUUUAUCGCCGUUUGGCAUAAGAUCACUAUCAAAGGUGUACCAAGAAAAACCAUUUUCCUUUGAUGUUGGAGAAACUUCACUGAAUGUCACAUACCUACCUGGCGUAUCAGAUUCCAAUAUCUUUGGUGGCAACAGUAACUGGCGAGGCCCAAUCUGGCUCUGCAUGAACUACAUGUUUGUGGAGUGUCUAGAGAGGUAUUCAGAUCUCGACCGGGUUUUUACGCUGCCACUCAGCAUCCACUACCCAAGUGGGGCCCAAGUUAAAUCAACUUUCCUCACGAUCGUGCAUGAUAUCUGCAGGCGCAUCACCAAAAUUUUCUUGCCGGACCGAUUGGGAGUCCGACCAGUUCACGGAUCCCACAAGAAGUAUUCCAAGGAUACUGACUGGGAGCACUUAAUUCUCUUCUACGAGUACUUUAAUGCGGAAACAGGAGAAGGGUGUGGUGCCAGCCACCAAACAGGGUGGUCAGCUCUUGCCUAUGAGUUUAUCUACAAGCUACACACGUUUCAGCGGUCAGGGAGAGCCCAGAUCUAA